UUUCUUGUAUUUAGAAAUCGACAUCUUAGUGGAAGCCAUCCAUAUAUCGAGCAGUUUUCUGUCACAUAGCCCGGAGGAAUAACUCCUCUGUGCUGGAUCCCCGCCUCCCUGGAUCCCUACGGGUAUUCCAGCGGUUGCCUCCUCCGGGACCGACACCAGAGGCAAGGAAAGAUACCGAGCGCUGAGUGUGAACGACCUCCGAGAGCCCGGGGGAGAGGAGAGCAGGGAGAAAGUAACUCAAGAAGAGGAACAUUUGAUGGAAGAAAAGAAAAAGAAAAAGCAGGAAGAAAAGAAAAAGAAGGACGCUGCUCAGAAAAAGGCUGCUGAACAAAAAACCAAAGUGCCAGAUACAAACAAGACAAGUUCCACCCAGCUUCAGCCUGCCGGUACCAGUACUUCCACCAGCAAUGUCACAAACAGCAAUGGUAAGCGCGCAUCUGCAAGUGGCCAGCAAACAGCAGCCUCUCGUUACCUGCCGCGUGAGGUUCCUCCACGUUUCCGUCAGCAAGAACAGAAGCAGCUAUUAAAGAGAGGGCAACCACUCCCCCUAGGGGCUCUGGUCAGUGCUAGCACAGCACAGGAUACUGGACAAUCUGGGGCAAGCCCCCCUCUUCAGCAAGGUGCUUGUGGACUUCACCUUCCAGCAAAGACACAUUCUGAUCUCAGUCACAGUGGUUCAGGAGACCAUUAUGAAAAUUCCCCCUGGGGACAACAGACUACUCAUCAAGGUGAAACCAGUUGUAGCUGGGAUAAAGUGAUAAUAGAAAGGACUGACAAGAAAGUGUGGCCUUCCAUUACAGGAACUGAGUCUGAAUCUGCCUCAGAAUGUACUACGGACACUGACUCUGCCUCUAAUUGUGGCUCAGAGAAAAGUAGCAUGGCUACAGGGAGUGCACAAGACAACUUCAAUGGACAUACAAAGAAAACAAACGGCAAUAAUGGCACCAAUGGAGCACUCAUCCAAAGCACUUCUAACCAGAGUGCCCAUGGAGCUAGUGGGACAAAUGGAAACUUUGCCAGAGUUUGGGGCAUAGCACCAGGUUCCAACUCAGGCAUUUCUCACUGCUCCCCUAAUGGAGAUGGAAAGAUGGACAAUAUGAUUGGGGAGGGUAGGAGUCAGAACUGCUGGGGUGCUUCCAACUCAAAUACUGGCAUUAAUCUUAACCUUAAUCCUAAUGCCAACCCAGCUGCCUGGCCUGUACUUGGACAUGAAGGAGCUAUGGGAGGAAGUAAUUCUUCAAGUAUAUGCAGUCCAAUCAGUGCCAUAGGUCACAACAUCAACAACCAGAAUGGAAAUCUGUCAGGUACUUUAAGUGCUUGGAGAAGUGUACAGUCUCAAGAGAGUACAGAAUCACAAACAUCCGCUUCUCAGAAUGUGUCUUUCAGCGUACAACCUCAGAACCUUAACACUGAUGGACCAAUUAACACUAACCCCAUGAAUGGCUCACCAAACCCUAUUAAUGCAAUGCAGGCAAAUGGACUGCCAAAUUGGGGUAUGGCUGUGGAAAUGGGGGCCAUCAUCCCACCUCACCUGCAAGGCCUUUCUGGUGCUAGUGGCUCAAUUUCUCAAGGAGUUGGUACUAACAGCACGGGCAGUUCAGUUUGGGGCCUAACGUCAGGUGUUCCUGCUUCAGGAAGCUGUGAUACUGGAUACAGUCAGGAAAGUGUAGAUACUGUUAAUUCAGCAGUAAGUACUAAACUGAAUGGCACAAGCAGUGUUAUACAAGAAGGAAAUGUGGUCAGUGCAUGGGAUUCUGGACCACCUUCCAGCCCAGGAGUGUCUGCAUGGGCAACGAGUCGAGGUAGUAUUGGCACUUUGCAUUCUGGACCUUGGGUCCAGCAUGGCCCUUGCACAAGCAAUGAUAUUAGUGGAGAUUGGGGUAAAGUACCAAACCAGCAUUCCAGUAGUGAUAUCUGUGGGAAAGGGUCAGGGUGGGAUAGUGCUAAUGUUACCUUACAGAAUUCUGCAAUUCAGCAGGUUAAUGAUCAAAUGAACACAAGGGUGAAAUCUGUAGUACCUGGGGCUAUAACAAAAGAAAGAAGUGGUGACAAUUCUGGAAGUCAAAAUGACAUAAAGGGUGAAGUUGUUGAGAAUCAAAAUGGAGAUAAGAACAGCACAGAACAGGGGCAGAUUCAGUUACCAAGAGCCGACCUUGAUCCAAGAGUCCUGUCAAAUACUGGAUGGGGUCAGGUUCCAGUAAAGCAAAAUGUUGCAUGGGAGUUAGAAGAAUUUCAGAGGUCUGAGCGGAAGAGUGUUGGAACGGAGUCUUGGCGAUGUUCAAAUACUCAGCCUUCAAACUCAGGGGGGAGUAAGGAAGGGUCCAUUAUAAACAGUACAAUUACCUCUAAAGUAUCUGGGUGUGUCAGCUCUCAAACUAUAUGUGCUCCUGUAAAUUCAAGUUGGGGAGAAAAUAACAACAAAACUCCAAAUGGUCCUGGGGGGUGGGGAGAUCCCACAUCCUCUUCUGUUGUCAAUGCUGCUGCCAAAAGUGGUCACUCCUGGAGUGGAUCGGUUAAUCAGGAGGAUAAAUCGCCAGCCUGGAGUGAGCCUCAAAAGCCCAAACCCCAAGGUUGGGGGGAUGGGCAAAAAUCAAAUCAGAACUGGACCUCAGGGGGAGGAGACUGGACUGACAUGCCACCUGUCCCUGCACAUAUAACUGAUGGAAAGAAGAAUGGAGCAGGGUGGGAUUCUGACAGCAAGUCUGUCUCUGGGUGGAAUGAUAAUAAUAGGUCUGGGAACAGUGGAUGGGGAAAUGGCACAAACACUAAGACUAAUUCGGGUACAGCCUGGGGUGAGUCUUUGAAACCUCCUCAGCAAAACUUGGCAAACAAACCCCAAGACAACAGUGUGGGUGGUUGGGGAGGCUCUCCAUCCCUAAAACAGACUGGAACAGGAUGGGCUGGAGGACCAGUCCCUGCGCAAACAUCAAAGCUAAAAGACAACAACACUGAGCCUACAGGUUGGGAAGAGCCUUCCCCACCAACCAUUCGCAGAAAGAUAGAAAUUGACGAUGGUACCUCAGCUUGGGGGGACCCAAGCAAUUACAUUUGCAAAACUGUAAAUAUGUGGGAUCGAAAUAACUCCAUACCCCAGAGCAUACCCUUAACCAACACCAAAUCCACCAUCACCACUACCACCCCUCCAAUUACUAAUUUGGUUGAACCUCAACCGCCUCAUCAGCCAAGUGCCCAGCAGAACCGCUCUCCACUACUAGGUCCAGGAUGGGGGGAUAUUCCUGCUGUUCAUUCAAAGACUGAUUCCUCCUGGGGUGAGCCCUCAUCGCCAUCUCGUGCAGUUGAUAAUGGCACUUCAGCUUGGGGAAAGCCCCCCAACAAGGUUUCAGGAUGGGGGGAUGGCACCUCAGAUUCCCCUGCCACUUAUGGAAGGCCAAGUGUCCCAGCUGCUGCUCCUGUACUGUGCAAACCAGCUCCAAAAUCUAUGCAAGAAGGCUGGGGUGGCAGUGGAGAGGAGGUUGGUCUCACCAGCCAGUGGGAGGAUGAGGAGAGUGAUAUGUGGAAUAAUGCUGCUUCCGAAGACAGUAACUCCUCUUGCAACACUUGGGGAAAUGGUCCAAAGAAAGUACUUUUAAAGAACAUGAAGACUUCAAGCAAGUCAGAUGAGGCAUGGAUUAUGAGCCGUCUUCUAAAACAGCUCACUGAUAUGGGCUUCCCGAAAGAGCCUGCUGAAGAGGCCUUGAAAAGUACCAAUAUGAAUCUUGAUCAGGCCAUGAGUGCUCUCCUGGAAAAGAAGGUUGAAACUGAUAAGCGUGGAUUGGGAGUGGUGGAUUAUAAUGCAAUGGCUAACAAGUCCCUAAGCAGCCGCCCUCCUCCAAACUCCAAAGAGUCUUCCAUGGACCGUCCAACUUUUCUUGAUAAGGAUGGCGGCCUAGUGGAAGAGCCCAUUACUUCACCAUUUUUGCCUUCACCAAGCCUGAAGCUCCCCCAUCCAAAUAGUGCACUCCCUAAUCAAGCCCUUGGUGGAAUGACAAGCAUGCAGAACUUGAACUCCUCUAGACAGAUACAAAGUGGCAAUCUGGGUAUGUUUGGCAGUAGCGGAGCAUCACAAACCAGAUCCAUACAACAGCCACCAGUGCAACCUCUUAAUUCAUCCCAGCCUAGUCUUCGUGCUCAAGUGCCUCAAUUUUUAUCCCCUCAGGUUCAAGCACAGCUUUUGCAGUUUGCAGCAAAAAACAUUGGUCUUAACCCUGCACUAUUAACCUCGCCAAUUAAUCCUCAGCAUAUGACCAUGUUGAACCAGCUCUACCAGCUGCAGCUUGCAUAUCAACGUUUACAACUCCAGCAGCAGAUGUUACAGGCUCAGCGUAAUGUUUCCGGACCCAUGAGGCAGCAGGAGCAGCAAGUUGCACGUACAAUCAAUAACAUGCAGCAACAGAUACAGCAGCAUCAACGCCAGCUCGCCCAGGUCCUUCUCAUAAAGCAGCCUCCUCCACACCCUCCUUUGCAUCCUCCCAUAGGCAAACCAGUGCAAGAAAACGUUUCACCCCACACCCUUGCUUCUGGCCUGUCUGACCUGCACACCAAAGAGCAGCAGUCUUUAUCAAACACCUUCCCUUCUUACCCUUUUGUUGCUGGAAUAAAUCCCACUAUGAAUGUAAACAGCAUGGAUGUGCCUGGUGGUUUGUCAGUGAAAGAUACAACCCAGUCCCAGUCUCGCCUUCUUCAGUGGACUCACCCCAACUCAAUGGACAGCUUGUCUAAUGCAGCUCCUCCACUUGACCCCAACCCUGGGAAGCCUAGUGCUCUCCCGGGGGGUUUAACCAUGGGUCCUCCUGUCAAGUCUACCAUUGAUGAAUCCUACAGCCGGUACGAUCUCCUCCCAAACAGUGAGUCGCCAACAAGCCCUUCAGUAUCUGUGCCUGACAGCUGGCCACGUGCCAAAUCAGAGAAUGAUAAAAUCUCAAACGGCUCCAGUGUUAACUGGCCCCCUGAAUUCCACCCAGGGGUUCCAUGGAAAGGACUGCAGAAUAUUGACCCUGAGAAUGACCCAGAUGUUACCCCUGGGAGCGUUCCCACAGGACCAACCAUCAAUACUACCAUUCAGGAUGUUAACCGCUAUUUGCUAAAGAGUGGAGGUAAGCUGUCUGAUAUAAAGUCCACGUGGUCAACUAGCCCUAUAACCCAUACUCAAGCAUCCUUGUCUCAUGAGCUGUGGAAGGUACCACGAAACACUGCAGCUCCAACCCGACCACCACCUGGGCUGACCAAUGCUAAACCCUCCUCUGCCUGGGGCUCCAACCAACUGGGCUGGACUAGUUCCUACUCUUCUGGAUCAACUUGGAGUACUGAUAGCUCAGGAAGAACAAGCAGUUGGUUGGUCCUGCGUAACCUAACUCCACAGAUUGAUGGCUCUACCCUAAGGACAUUGUGUCUGCAGCACGGCCCACUAAUAACAUUCCAUCUGAACCUGACACAAGGAAAUGCAGUGGUUAGGUACAGCUCCAAGGAAGAGGCCACUAAGGCGCAGAAGUCCCUUCACAUGUGCGUUCUUGGUAACACUACCAUCUUGGCAGAGUUUGCUGGGGAAGAGGAAGUGAACCGCUUCUUGGCACAAGGGCAGGCCUUGCCCCCCACUUCCAGCUGGCAGUCUAACACAGGAAACAGCCAACCUCGAAUUGGUGGCGGUGGAGGCUCACAUACCUUAGUGCGUAAUGACACUGCUCACUGGAAUUCUCCUUGCCUGUCCACAAAGGGGGGAAACGACUUGCUUUGGGGUGGAGUCCCACAGUACUCAAGCAGCCUUUGGGGACCACCUGGGACAGAUGAUGCCAGGAUUAUCCGAAGCCCAACUCCUCUUAAUACUCUCUUGCCAGGAGACCUGCUGGGUGGGGAGUCAAUCUGAAAACAUCUAGGAGGAAUGAAACUCAUUGCUGUAAACUCAGAGAAUCCGCACUAUUGAAGAAUCUCAAAACAAACUAAUCCCAACAAUUGUGUUUAUGCUCAAAGAUGAAUCCAAUCUUCUUUCCAUGCAGUAUCUUCUUCAUCCUCCUCACUGCAUCCUUGCGAACUGUUCAUAGUAACAGUAUGGUGCAGUAUAUGAGAGGGGGAGGAAAUAAAGGGUUAAGGAGAGGUUCUGAGUCACUCAGUUGGUCAUCUUAGCUCUGUCCUUUUAGAAUUUUUAAAAUGUUAAAAGAAGAAAAUAACGCUGCUUUUACUGGGACUAGAACAUAAGGGCACUUUUCAUAUGACAGGGCUGGUGAGGGAGGGUGGGUUUCAGAAUCUUAUUUUUGAAAUGAGCCUUGGAUUUUAAUGCACAGGUGUUGAAGCCUCUUAAUUGGAAGAAAAGGAUUGUGAGAUCUGUGCAUGUAUGUGCAGGUUUUCACUUAAUUUUGGUACUUGAACUCGCUGUACAAUGAGAGCCUUACACAGAAGAUCAGAAUUUGGAGACCCACAGAUCCGCCUAUGCACAUAACUGUUGUCCAGAGCAUCUGCUCUUGUCAUGUCAUAUUUUACAAUCUAAAAACACUAUUUUAUUUUAUAUGCUACUAAGCAUAUCAGCUGAUAGAGAUACUUGAAUGCAGGAGAUCCCAGUAGUGCAGAUAUUUGUAUGCUUGUUAAGAGAGACAUCAAUAUAUCUGCGUAGAAAGCAUUGACAAAACUCUGUAUCUCUUUGCACAGAUGAUAAACCUUAGCUUUUUCUGUUUCAUAAUAACCUUUAAUGCUUUAUUUUGAUCUGCACAGCUCUGCUCCAAAAAACUAUUUUAUGAUACU